UGUAGUUAUUUUAGUAGUGUUAGUCCAGUUUUGUAAUAAUUUUUCAAGUAAUUCCGUCAAAUAAACUCCAAUUCUCAUAGCGUAGUGUUCCCAAUAGUUAAAAUACUUUCGAUGCUUAAAUAAUUCAACCGCGUAGUGCAAUAAAACUCCAACAAGAUGGGUUGCGCUAUAAGUUCAAACGAAAAAGAAGCUGUCGAACGUUCGAAGAAAAUAGAUAAAGAUUUACGCGCCGAUGGAGAAAGACAAGCCAGAGAAGUGAAAUUACUCCUACUAGGGGCUGGAGAAUCGGGCAAAAGUACCAUCGUAAAACAGAUGAAAAUCAUUCACGAGACGGGAUAUUCGCGCGAAGAAUGCGAAGAAUACAAACCAGUCGUUUACAGUAAUACUAUACAGAGUUUGAUGACUAUUAUUAAAGCUAUGGAUCAGUUAGGGAUCAGUUUCAACGACAGAAAUGAUAUCGAAAAAGUCAAACAAUUCUACGAGCUGGCUCGUUACGUCGAAAGAGGAGAAAUCAAACGCGAACUGUUCACUUUAAUGAAACAUUUAUGGAAUAAUCCAGGAGUACAGCAUUGUUUCACCCGAUCUCGAGAAUAUCAAUUAAACGAUUCAGCUGCCUAUUAUCUAAAUGCUCUGGAUCGUAUAUCUCAAUCCGAUUACAUUCCUACUCAACAAGAUGUACUGAGAACUCGAGUUAAAACUACAGGCAUCAUAGAGACAACUUUCACUUUUAGGGGAUUACAUUUCAAAAUGUUCGACGUUGGUGGUCAAAGAUCGGAAAGAAAAAAAUGGAUUCAUUGUUUCGAAGGUGUAACUGCGAUCAUAUUCUGCGUUGCGUUAUCAGGUUACGAUUUAGUUCUGGCUGAAGACGAAGAAAUGAAUCGAAUGAUCGAAUCGAUGAAAUUAUUCGACUCCAUUUGUAAUAGUAAAUGGUUCGUGGAGACAUCCAUAAUACUAUUUCUAAACAAGAAAGAUCUUUUCGAAGAUAAAAUCAAAACGAGCCCGUUAACGAUCUGUUUCCCAGAAUACGCCGGCUCGAAUUCGUACGAAGAAUGCGCCGCAUACGUUCAAAUGAAAUUUGAAUCGUUGAACCGAAGAAAGGAGCACAAAAGUAUUUACACUCAUUUCACAUGCGCCACAGAUACGAACAAUAUUCAAUUCGUAUUCGACGCUGUAACCGAUGUAAUCAUCAAAAUGAACUUAAAGGACUGCGGGUUAUUUUAAAGUUACGAUUUUUUCUCUUUUUUUUGUAUAAUAUGCCAUAAAGUAUACGUAACACCUUAAAUGCCAUAUUAUUUAUCUUUUCUAAGUUCUUCAUUAACGAACAAAAAUGUAUAUUUGUAAACUAUUCUUAAGGAUAACGAACUGUGUUACGUUGUGGAUCUACAUCUUAUGAGAAUCGUUGAUCGGUAAUUCGCUACUUGUUGACUUUACCAUUGUUUUAUUGUUUUUUUUUUUCUAUAAA